AGGCAGACGAUGACUGCGGGGCCUGCUGUCGCUUGGGGAUCUCGUGCUCUGCUACGGACGGUAGACUGGGCGGAAAGGCCGGAGCCUGAGAGCCGCUCGCCCGGGCUUCAGUAUGCCCAGCUGUAAAAUAGGACCAGGUGUAGCGCCGCCCCCAGGCCGGGUCGUGAGGAGGAGCCGAACCUUCGCGAGGAUUGUCGCGGCAGCUCACGACUUCGGGUCAUGUGCGGGAAGCGGGAACUCCAUGUUCCGUAGUGCCCCACGGGGCUCGAUCUCUCACAGCGUACUGCGCCGGCUUGACGGUGGGACUCCAUCUCCCAGAGUGCUCCGCGGGCGGGGGAACUCCCAUUCCCAGAGUGCCCCGCGGGCGAAGACCUCGUCUCCCAGCGUGCUCCACGGGAAAUCCCAUUUCCCAGAGUGCCCCGCGGGCGAAGACGUCGUUUCCCAGAGUGCUCCACGGGAACUCCGAUUUUCCAGAGUGCCCCGCAGGCGAGGACUCUAUCUACCAAACGGCUCCGUGGGCCCCCUCUCCCAGGGUGCCCCGCGCCCACCGGACCGGGAAGCUCGGGCCUGUUCCCCGCGCCGGGGGCGGCGGGUCUCGCCGACGGUUCCCGGCGGCGGCGCGAUGGACAGCCCGGAGGUCACGUUCACGCUGGCCUACCUGGUCUUCGCCGUGUGCUUCGUGUUCACGCCCACCGAGUUCCACUCGGCCGGGCUCACGGUGCAGAACCUGCUGUCGGGCUGGCUGGGCAGCGAGGACGCCGCCUUCGUGCCCUACCACCUGCGCCGCACGGCUGCCACGCUGCUGUGCCACUCGCUGCUGCCGCUCGGCUACUACGUAGGCAUGUGCUUCGCAGCCUCAGAAAAGCAGCUCUACUCCCCGAGCCGGGCCCCAGAGGCCUGGCAGCUCUUCCUCCUGCUGGUGGUCACCCUGCUGACUGUCACCUGCUCCCUGAUCUAUUACUGGUCCCGGGACCGGUGGGCCCGCCACCCACUGGCCCGUACCCUGGCCCUCUACGCCCUUCCGCAGUCGGACUGGCGGGCCGUUGCUUCCUCUGUCAACACCGAGUUCCGGCGGAUCGACAAGUUUGCCACGGGGGCACCGGGAGCCCGUGUGAUCGUGACGGACACGUGGGUGAUGAAGGUGACCACGUACUGCGUGUAUGUGGCCCAGCAGCAGGACGUGCAUCUGACAGUGACGCAGUCGCAGCAGCACGAGCUCUCGCCGGACUCCAACUUGCCGGUGCAGCUCCUCACCAUCCACGUGGCCAGCGCCAGCCCUGCCGUGCGGGCCUUCGACAUCCGGCUGAACUCCACGGAGUACGGCGAGCUGUGUGAGAAGCUCCAGGCGCCCAUCCGCAGCGCGGCCAACGUGGUCAUCCGCCAGAGCCUGGGUGACCUGUUCCUGGAGACGUUUGCCUCUCUGGUGGCGGUCAACCCGGCCUACUCGGUUCCCAGCAGCCAGGAGCUGGAGGCCUGCAUUGGCUGCAUGCAGACUCGUGCCAGUGUGAAGCUGGUGAAGACGUGCCAGGAGGCAGCUGAGGGCGAGUGCCAGCAGUGCUACUGCCGCCCCAUGUGGUGUCUUACCUGCAUGGGCAAGUGGUUCGCCAGCCGCCAGGACCCGCAGCACCCUGACACCUGGCUGGCCAGCCGCGUGCCCUGCCCCACCUGCCGUGCGCGUUUCUGCAUCCUGGAUGUGUGCGCUGUGCGCUGAGCUGGCCAGGCCCUGGCAAGGGAGCAGCCUUGGUCCAGGCCAGCCGUGCCAGGGUCCCCACAACUGCCUUGGGGAGCAGCCAGGCUCCCAGGCCCAGAGUUCUUCUCCCAGCGGGCAACUUGCCUCUGCUCUGAGGCUGUGGAAGUGCAAGGGCUCCUGUUUGGAAAGGAAGUUCCAGCUGAGGUCCUGGCACUGGCAGCAAGGAAGGUCUUGAGUGCCUCUGCUUCCUUCGCUCCCGUUUCUCUGGGUGGGGCUGUGCUGGGCACAGAGAACACAGCCUUGGGCCCAUAUCCAGAGCAUUCUGGGCCUCCUGAGCUGUCUUCUGGGAGGUCCCAGUGUGUCUAACGUGAGCCAAUUGCCUUAUUUUUACGGAGCACACCUGCUUCUCAGUUACUUUUAGAUCUAGAUUCCUCUAAGACUUGGCCGAAGCCUUUCUUCCUGCUUCUGUCCCCAAGCCUGCUGCUGGCCCUGUGGUGUUCGCGCCCCCCGCCCCAGAGGCUGCUCUGAGCACUCAGGCAGAGCUUGCAGGUGCAGGGGGAGACCUGGGGUACUGCUCCAGGGUGAGAGCACUGCCUAGAGCUUCCCAGUGGCUGCAGCCAGCCAAGGGGUUGCUCUCUGCCCAGGGAGAUCCUGGGCUUCCCCUCAGGGGCUGGGGGAAGGGCUGGCUGCUCUCAGCUGCAGCUCCCUUCCUGUGUGUUUCUGGGAGCCACCCGCUCCUGGAGGGGCGUGCACUUACAUCUGCUGCUGCCCCCAUGGGUUCAGGGAAAGGCCAAGCCUCAGACUCUUGGCCGAGCGUGGGUAUUGAGCUGAAGAUCAAGUGCCACUGAGACAGCCAACAUCAGCCAACAAGCCUGUUGGGACACAGCGCAGGGCUGGCCACAGCCCCCCAGGGUCCAUCUGUUUCAGGAGGGGACAUGCCCAGUGGUCAAGGUGUGGACAGGUGUCUUCCCGAUUCCUGGUGGCACAGUUGGCCAGGGGAGGGCAGUGCCAGUCCCCAGCUCUGACAUAUGUGGCUGCUGGAGGGGCCCUCGCUUGGAGCCCUGAAACCUGGGGCCUUAAGCACUCUAAACCUGGUCAUCCUAAGCAGGGCUGAUGGACCCGGCUGGCCUGGAUUGCCCAAGGCUGCACUGAACCCCAGGGAGUUGGGAGCGGAGAAGGCCCAGAUUUGUGUGCCCGCAGGGUGCUCAGCAGAUGAAGGCCAUCAGAGGGGCCAGCCAGGAGCCACCCUCAGCUUCAGCUUGAAGUUUUGGGUGCUGCCAAGGGAGGGCUGGGUCUGCGGUAAUUUUUAGUACAAAAGAGUUACUUAGUUUUAUGAAGAUACACCUAUUGCAGCAAAGCAAUACAUAUUUAAUAAAAUGUUAGUCUGAACUUUA